AUGUUUAGAGAAGAGGCAAGACAGCUGUGAUUCAAAACUGAAAAUGGAAGAAUUAAAAUAAAAGAUAAAAUAAUUAUUCAGAAGUACUACUUAAAUAUCUUCAAAGGAAUUUUCUUGGCUCUGGGUCGUAUGCUUUUGACAUUUGGCCUGUGGCUUUUAUUUGACAGAAACAAUUUAUUCAGUGUGUUAUUUUCUUCAGGCAAGAACCAACUAGUGGCAUUUAUUUCCUACAUAUUACUUGGAAUUGGAUCUGUUAUUACUUUUACAUCAGUCAUGGGAUUACUUGGAAGUGUUGUGGAAGUCAAAUGUCUACUAGUUAUGUAUAUGAGUUUUCAAAUCCUAGUGUUUGUUACCCAUAUGGCAAUACUGUUGCUUAUAUUUGCAAAGAAAGAAGAGGUCCACAAUCAAUGGAAUAACAGAAUUGAUGAAGUUAUUUCUGAAUAUGGGAACAAGAGUCUGGCCGAGCAGGAACCUGUGUGGAACAUUCUGAAUGCUGUGCAGCAUAAUAUGGAAUGCUGUGGAAGAUACAAUGUUACACAGUGGGAAAAGAAUAAAAACAAGGAAAACAGUACUCAGAUCCCAUGUUCAUGCACAAAAUCCAGCCUGAAGAAAUGGUUUUGUGAUGUCCCAAGGGGUUCAACAUACCGCAUGGGAUGUGAAGAACAUUUGAACACAUGGUUUGAAAACAAUGCUUUGAUCUUAACUGCAAUUACUGUCAGCCUGCUAAUUACACAGAUAUUUUUGAUCACACUGACUGGUCUGCUAUUUGGAAACAUCAGAAAGAAUAUUAUUUGGCCAUGA